GCUUGGUGGAUUACCUGAACAACCCCACCACGUACGACGGUCUGAAGGACAUCUCCGAGGUCCACCCAUCCAUCAAGGGCGGCGACAUCUGGCCGAAGAUGCGCUCCAUGAAGCAGCAGGACUUGCUCAGACCUCAGUACGACAUGUCUGCGUACAUCUUGUAUCAGAACCAGACCAUCCCGGAGAAGUGGGGUGGUAGCCUCGGAAUCGUGCAGUGCCAGGUCAGCUCCAUGGUGCGAUCGGCAGUGGUGCUGGCGGCACCGAUCUUGGUCGCCGGCUUCGGCCUCCUUAGCUGGCGCAGUGCCUUCGUGGCCCAAGGCUCCAACCAGGCCAAAUCCAGUGCACACCUUGCCGGACACGGUGCUGCCAGCUCUUGGGCAGAGGUGACUCCGGACGAGGAGCAGCUCGUGCGCGGCAAGCGUCUGUUCAACGCAGCCUGCGCCUCUUGCCACGUCGGAGGUGGUACCCGCACCAACCAGAACGUCGGCCUGGCCAUCGAGGAGCUCAGCGGGGCGCAGCCCAACCGUGCCUCCGUCGAAGGCUUGGUGGACUACCUGAACAACCCCACCACGUACGACGGUCUGAAGGACAUCUCCGAGGUCCACCCAUCCAUCAAGGGCGGCGACAUUUGGCCGAAGAUGCGGUCCAUGAAGCAGCAGGACUUGUACGACAUGUCUGCGUACAUCUUGUAUCAGAACCAGACCAUCCCGGAGAAGUGGGGUGGUGGCAAGACCUACUACUGA